AUGCCACCCUCCCAGCUCCUCGGUCUGACACGCACCCGUCUUGCGCCUCGCCUCAUCAGGGCCCAGCAAGUGAGGUUUACAGAGACGAUGGUGUCCACGAAGACGAGCGGGAAGCAAAAGGCGGAUUGGGGAAGUCAGUGGAAGAAGGUCGGCAAUACUGCUAUGAUGUAUGGACCGCUUGUUGCGGUGUUGAUGUUCUGGCCGUAUACUGUGAAGCCGGUUAUGGAUCGGGUUCGAUGGUGA